AUGAGUACCAAAGUCAGAGGACAGUUUAAGGCGAAGCAAGAGGCCGAUCAGACUUCUCUCUACAAAACCGAGCUCUGUCGAUCGUGGGAGGACACUGGAUUCUGCCGCUACGGAAAGAAGUGCCAGUUCGCCCACUCACCUAAAGAGCUUCGAAAUGUCUUACGCCAUCCAAAAUACAAGACUGAGAUGUGUGAUAGCUUCCACACGGUGGGCGUCUGUCCCUAUGGCAACCGCUGUCACUUUGUGCACAACGACAUAGAAGCGCUGCGGCCAGCUCCGAACGAGCCCGCUACCAAAUCCACAACUCUGCGCAAGAACGCUACACUUGCUUCUCUCCAAUCGAACGAGUUUAAUUAUGGGAUUGAGUCCGAUUGGCCAAAGAUUGAGUCCUCUGCAUCGAUGCCAGUUCCUGCUAGCAGGAGCUUGAACUCUAUCGGUUCAAUGAACUCGAUUUGGCGAAAUCAAUCGGAUGCUUCUAUCUUGAGCCAGCAGGAGUCUGAGUCCUCCUCGUCUUCCAACCAGUACAAUGAUGACUACUGGCAGAGCAUCUACGAUGAUUUUAACGGACUUCAAUUGAUCACCAAACCCGAGUCGACGUCCUAUUCUCCACCAAGCUCGAAGUUCGACAGUGUCCCAUCGAAUGGCUGGUCUCGAACAUGGAAUCCAACAAGCACUGGUGCGGUUCCCGCUGCGGGCAGUUCGUCGCAGUCAACUUUACUCGAAGUUUCUUCCAAAAUCUGGUCCGCUGAUCGCCUCCCCGUGUUCCGCACGCUUGCCAAGGCCCAGGAAGAUUAA